AUGGCGAUGGGCUUUUGGGGCUUAUGUGACAUCAAGCUGAAAACGGUACAGGGUGUUGUAACACGGUACUGCGGCGACUACGGCAUGAUUGAUGAUUUGAUCUACUUCUCCAGUGAUGCUGUCACCAGCAGGGUGCUCCUGAAUGUUGGGCAGGAAGUUAUUGCAGUUGUGGAAGAGGAUAAAGUGUCCAGUGGACUGAAAGCCGUCAGGGUGGAAGCAGUCUCUGACAAGUGGGAGGAUGAUGGCAAGAAGAGCAGCAAAGGGCUGGCCGACUCCAGGACCCGCCUUUUGAUUGGCUGUGUGACCUCGAUGACAGCCGGUGCUGGCUACAUCAACCAGACCACGUACUUCUCCAUGGAGAGGGUGUGUGAAGGUUUCCAGCCCUGCAAAGGCGACUGGGUGGAGGCUGAGUACUGGAUCCCACCUGGCACAUGGAGCAGCGAGGCCCUCAGCGUGAAGCCGCUGAGAUAUAAGCGCAUGGACAAGGUCUGUAUUUCCAGCCUCUUUGGACAAAAUGGAGUGAUUGACGACAGCAUCUUUUUCACCAUGGAGUCAUUGAAGCUUCCAGAUGGGUAUAUGCCUCACAGAUACGACAUCGUCAACACAGUGGUGGUGGAGAGCAGCCAGUCCUGCUACAUGUGGAGGGCACUGUGCAUGACGCCCGUAAGAAGGCGAGACCCUUCCCCACACAGUGAGAGUGCGGACCACGUCUUUGGAGACCUGCUCCUGCAGAACAAGGGGGACGUGGAAGUGACAGGGCUGAUGAACUUCGGAACUCUGAAAGAAGGGGAAAGUAAAAACACAGUGGUUUGGAUCAAGAACAAAGGAGACCUUCCUCGGACUUUGGUCAGCUGCAAAUUGGCCGGCUGGGAUAAAAGCAAGCAGUUCCAGUUUCAUGUACCUAGAAAGGACCCGAGGGGCCUGGAAGCUGUGGUUUCUAUUUCGGGGAAGAAGAGUUCUGCAGAUGGAAGCCAGGGCCUGAUGAACGGCCCCCAGAGCAGCCAGCCCUGCUCGACGCCAGCAGGCAGCCUGUGGAUGAACCACGAUGGUGCUUCAGGAGGUGGCGAGGAAGAAGAGGCCAGCCUGUCACUGAAGCUGCCUCCAGGGCCCAGCAUGCCCAUCCCUGCCGGUGGGAAGACCUUCGUGGGCAUCACAUGUCAUGCAAAAAAUUCUGGCCGCUGUAAGGAGCUCCUCCUGCUUUGCUUUUCGGACUUCCUUAUUGGCCGCUACCUGGAAGUGAAUGUGGUCAGUGGAGAAGAGGCACUGAUUGGGGUCCGAGAGCCUUUCUCUUGGAAGAAGUCUAAAGCUCCCCAGGUGUUACCACCCACAAAAACCACUGUAGUAGCAACCACACAGAAAAGGAACUCAAGACGACAACUUCCGAGUUUUCUUCCACAAUAUCCAAUACCAGACAGACUUAAAAAGUGUGUGGAACAGAAAAUUGACAUCCUGACUUUCCAGCCAUUGCUGGCGGAGCUUUUGAAUAUGUCAAACUACAAGGAGAAGUUCUCCACGUUGCUGUGGCUCGAGGAGAUUCACGCAGAAAUGGAACUCAAAGAGUACAACAUGAGCGGGGUCACCUUGAAAAGGAAUGGGGACCUGCUGGUGCUGGAGGUCCCGGGGCUGGCGGAGAGCCGCCCUUCUCUGUACACUGGUGAUAAACUGAUUUUAAAAACUCAAGAGUACAAUGGCCACGUCAUUGAAUACAUCGGCUACGUGAUGGAGAUUCAUGAAGAAGAAGUAACUCUUAAACUGAAUCCAGAAUUCGAGCAGACAUAUAACUUUGAGCCUAUGGAUGUGGAGUUUACAUAUAAUAGGACUACAAGCAGAAGAUGCCACUUUGCCCUUGAACAAGUCAUCCAUUUGGGGGUGAAAGUGUUGUUUCCAGAAGAAGUCAUUUUACAGUCUCCCCAGGUGACAGGGACAUGGAGCCAUGUGCAGGACACCAAAAAGGAAGGAGAGUCCACUAUCAAGGUAAACAAAAAAACUGGGAAGGAUCAAAGGAAACACGUGGCAAAGGAGAGGCGGGCCGGUACCAAGGACAGGGAUGUGCUGAGCAUGGUGCCCUUCGCGACAGGGCCGAGUGAGUGGGCAAAUCAAGCCCUGACUGUGACAGCAAGAGAGACGGAGUUCUUCAACCCCAUGCUGAACGAAAACCAGAAACUAGCGGUCAGAAGGAUUCUGAGCGGUGACUGCCGCCCUCUCCCAUACGUCCUCUUUGGGCCUCCUGGGACCGGGAAGACCGUGACCAUUAUCGAGGCUGUUCUGCAGGUGUACUUUGCUUUGCCGGACAGUCGGAUCCUGGUCUGCGCCCCGUCUAACAGCGCUGCAGACCUGGUGUGUCUGCGGCUGCACGAGAGCCAGGUGCUGCGACCAGGCACCAUGGUCCGCGUGAACGCCACCUGCAGGUUCGAGGAGACCAUCCUGGACGCCAUCAAGCCGUAUUGCCGGGACGGAGAGGACAUCUGGAAAGCCUCACGCUUCAGAGUAAUCAUUACGACGUGCAGCAGUGCUGGGCUCUUCUACCAGAUCGGGGUGAGGGUCGGGCAUUUUACGCAUGUGUUUGUGGAUGAGGCAGGACAAGCAAGCGAGCCAGAAUGCCUCAUCCCUCUGGGGCUCAUCUCGGACGUCAGCGGCCAGAUUGUGCUGGCUGGAGACCCCAUGCAACUAGGACCAGUCAUCAAGUCCAGACUCGCCAUGGCCUACGGCCUCAACGUGUCCAUGCUGGAGAGGCUGAUGUCACGGCCGGCAUACCUGAGGGACGAGGAUGCCUUUGGGGCUUGUGGGGCCUACAACCCCCUACUGGUCACCAAGCUCGUGAAGAACUACAGGUCCCACUCAGCGCUGCUCGCACUGCCGUCUAGACUCUUCUACCACAAGGAGCUUGAGGUCUGUGCGGACCCCACAGUGGUCACCUCCCUGCUGGGCUGGGAGAAGCUACCCAGGAAGGGCUUCCCACUCAUCUUCCACGGCGUCAGGGGCAGUGAAGCACGUGAAGGUCGAAGUCCCUCAUGGUUCAACCCCGCUGAAGCCGUUCAGGUCAUGCGCUACUGCUGCCUGCUGGCCCGAAGCCUCUCCAGUCAGGUGUCCGCAAGUGACAUUGGCGUGAUCACGCCAUACCGCAAACAGGUGGAGAAAAUAAAAAUUCUUUUGCGAAGUGUUGAUCUGAUGGACAUCAAGGUUGGAUCAGUGGAGGAGUUCCAAGGACAGGAGUACCUUGUCAUUGUUAUUUCCACGGUCCGAUCGAAUGAAGACAGAUUUGAAGAUGAUAGGUUUUUUUUGGGCUUCUUGUCCAACUCGAAAAGAUUUAACGUGGCGAUCACCCGCCCCAAGGCCCUGCUGAUUGUUCUGGGGAACCCGCACGUGCUGGUCAGAGACCCGUGCUUUGGGGCUUUGCUGGAGUACAGCAUCUCCAAUGGGGUCUACACAGGAUGUAACCUCCCCCCAGAGCUUCAGACCCUGCACAUCUGUGACCACUCAGCCCAGCGGGAGCGGGAGCCUCAGGAGUCCGAGCAUGCCCUCGGAGGAGGACUGGCUGGCCUGCCCACGCCUGCAGAGACUGUGGCCCCCAGGGACCAUGUGGCUAUGCCGUGA